AUGGCAGACACUCCUCAGACAGACCACCAAGAGCAGAAGACUCUCACCUCAUCGUCAAAUACACCUCAUAGUGGUACUCCUUUAGGCCCACCCACCACAACCUCUCGUUCAGCCCAGAAAGUCUCGGAAGCUGUUCGUACCUAUCGGCCAUCCAAGAGGUUCAAAUUAUCGAAACACGAGAACUCCCACAUUACAUCUCUCGAUUUUGACGAUAAGGGCGAGUUUGUUGUGGCAGCAUGCGAAGAUGAUACGAUUCAGGUCUACGAUGUAAUUGAGGGCAAGAGUACCAAGAUCGUGCCCAGCAAGAAAUACGGUGCCCAUCUGGCGCGCUUUACGCACCACCAACGUCAGGUGCUCCAUGCCAGCACCAAAGUGGAUGACUCGCUCCGUCUACUAGACUUGCAUCAAGAGAGCUACCUUCGAUAUUUCACCGGCCAUACAGACAAAGUCACGUGCUUGGCCCUAUCGCCCGCAAAUGACUCCUUCAUUUCAUGCUCCAAAGACAAUACUAUUUCUCUUUGGGAUCUUAAGUCGCGGAAUUUGCAGGGCAAAUUAGAGCUCGCAACUCCAUACCUCGUUGCCUUUGAUCCAUCAGCUUCAGUCAUUGCCAUUGCAUCUCAGUCAACAUCAUCGGUGCUCCUUUACGAUUUCCGCAAUUACGACAAAGCACCCUUUGCUACAUUUGACCUCGCACCUCUUGAAGAACGGUACACCCCGACUACACGCGGUAGGCUCUGGUCACGACUCGAAUUUUCCAAUGAUGGUAAGAACCUUCUCGUCGGCACGGAUUACCAUGGUCAUUUCGUGCUGGAUGCAUUCGAGGGUCAUCUAAACGCCUUCUUGGUAGGUAAGAAUGGAUCAAGCGGUAGAGCGGCUCCUGUCUCCACCUCUGGGCGGCCUCUAGGUCAGGGAGAUGCUUGCUUCACUCAGGAUGGGCGCUUUAUCGUCGGUGGAGCAGGCGACAAGAAUGAAGUGCUUGUAUGGGAUAUCCACCAAAAACCAGACUCUGGAAACUACUUGCAACCAUUAACCAGUCUCACUUCUCGAGGACGCAGUGCUGUCAUUGAGAUCAAUCCAAGAUACAACAUGAUGGCAACCGCGGACAAGGACAUUCUGUUCUGGCUGCCAGAUGACGGAGUCAAAACUUCCUAG